AACUAGAAUAUGGAGGAGAGCUCUACCCAAACCGAAGAUCGUGAAUAUCUGCUAAACAAAAAAAUCGAAGCUCUCGAAGGGGUAAAGAAAGUGCAAGCUGAACGUAUUAAAGAACUGAAAAUGGAAUUGCAUGCGUAUAAGCAAUCGUCCAAUGUACCCAAUGGAGUACCACUCGGCGAUACUAUUGGCAAAGUAAGGGAAUUAGAAAUGAGUGGUCUAGCAAUGGACGAGCUAGACCACUCACCUCUGCAUUUAGAACUUGAGCAGCUCAGCAUUCAAGGUGGUGAAGAUAAUGAAGAUGGCCAUGGGCCUAACCGGGCGCAAGACACUGACAAUUUUAAACAAGUAGGUAUAUAUCACACACUCUUAUGAACAUGUCGUAUGUCAUACGCACUUUAAAUGCUUUAAUGUGGACGAGCAUGCGCAUCUUAUAAUUUAAGUCCCACAAAAAAGGAAGAUCUAAUAAAAUCUUUGAUACAUGUCAACUACUCUUUGUUAUAACCGCAACCACAAAGCAAUAACUUUGAAACAAAUGAUAGCGAUAUUAAUUUUAUUUUAUUGCAACGACGUUUUGACAAAGAGUGAAGAUAUAUAUGCUUUCUCUGUGAUUUCGAUGCUUCUUGCAUCAUUUUCAAGUUAAGGAUAAGAAUUAUUCGUGUUUAGCUUUAAUUAUAACGGUCCGCGUGUUCGUGUCACGUAAACUAAUAUAUAAUUGCGCAAGCAUGCAGAAUUUUUACUAAAUACGCAAGACAAAAAAUACUAAAAUAUUAAAAAACAUUUAAAAACACAUUAAUAAUUCAGGAGGAAAACGCAAAGAAAAAUCAUAAGCGUGUCGUAUCUUUAUAUGUGAUAAAAAAUCAUGUUAAUUUACAUAAACUUUAGCUUUGAUUUUCACGGUUUAGACAAAGUUUAUUUUAAAAAUUACUUCGCCAAUGAACUCAUAUAAGAUGAGUCGUUUUCUAAGCCAUUUAAAGCACUUGUAGUCGUGUUUAUCAGAUAUAAAACGCUCGGUUGGGCCUCGCGUUUCAUAUCUGAUAAAACACUGCUGUGCUUUAAAGUAAGAGUUAACUAUUUACACAUAAGACAAACACAACAAACAUGCAAGAUUAACACAUUUUUUAAAAAAGUUAAUUUUAAGCAAAAAGCUUAGAACGUAUUAAGUUAGACUGAGUGUUCAAAGAUGGUUUCAGUUCUUCUAUACUUAUAAUAGUUUUGUUUGUGGAAACACCACGUAAAUUUAUUACUGCAAAUUUAUUAUUUAUUAAUUUAUUAUUAUUUAUUUAUUCUUUUAUACUUCCCUCGACACUUGCGCAGAAUCGAAAAGCAGUUUUCAAUCCUUAUAAAAAAACUGCAAAACACCACAACGAUAUUUAACAAUUAUUGAAUGAGGUUGAGCACAAUAUGAAUAAUUAUCAAGCCCGAAGUUUGCCGUUAUCAACCAAAGCCGAAGGCUGAGGUUGAUAACGGCAAACUGAGGGCUUGGUAAUUCUUCAUAUUGUGCGAAAACCGAAUUCAAUAAUUGUUUUAUUAUUUAUUUAAAAAAUCCAAAAGAAACGGUCAUCUAUUUGUUCGCCUACGUCACGUUAUAAAUCAGGAAAAGAAUUAGGAAACUGAGUGUUCUUGCCUAUUCUAGCAGCUUUUGUUGAUCUUUUUGUAUUUAACGAAUCUUUAUCUUCCAGUAAUUUUUGAAUUUCGGCUUCGCCAAGGUUUGCAAACCUUUCAGUGGAAGAAGCCAUUUGCAUUUUAUUUGUAUUAAGACUGAAAAAACAAUUCCUUAGUCCUUCGGCAGCCGUCGUCGUCAUAACAAUGACGUCAGCGGGUCAAUAUGAUUCUCGUUGUCAUAGUAAUAUGGCGCAAACGCGUCCAAAUUUUUUUUUCAUAUUGACUCUUUGACGUCAUUUUGCUAUUAUGAAUGUGAAAAACCUGUUCUUGGUUAGCCAUUGAGUUGAUAUGACAAUUUUACAGUUCGUUGUAAGCCAAUCAGAAACCAGGAAUUUUUUAAAUAAAUAAUAAUAAUAGAUAUCGUAUUGUCUUGCGCACUCCAAAUAUUUCAUACAUACACACAUAUCAAAUCGAAAUUUGCCCUGCACUUUACACAGUUCGCGAGACGAGAUUCGUGGGUUCCGUAUGUAUUAAUGUGCUGUCUCCCUGAGGGGAGAUUAUAUCCCUCGUCAUGUUUGUGUGCAAUUCUAAUUAUUGCAUUUUUUUCAGGAAAAUUCGUCCACAUUGCCGCGAUUCCGCAGAGAAUACUAUUGCCCGACCUCGUGCGUCUCCAGAGUUAUCUCCUUCAUUUUCGACCAGAUGCGGUUGCCAGUCUGCAAUACAAGAUUGCAUAAGGAAGUACAAAAGGACUUAUGUUCCUUGAGUAAGUUCCCUGACGUCGACUGUGAAGUAGGAGAAUGUAGUUUGGCCUUCAAAGAUUUUCAUGAUGUUGGCUUAAUUGAAAAACAACAUAUGUUUUUAGCGAAGAUUGAAAAUGCCGAAGAACGUGGUCGUCGUUUAAAAGAGGCAAUUGACACUAUGGAGGGGGAGUCACAUCCUGCUUUAUUUAUAAUGCAUUACGAGUUGUACCAGGACGGUAAAAAACGUGAUGGCCAUAGCUUGGCGAUUAUGCCAAACGGUGAAUUUAUACAAGUUAAGGAGAAACGUCAGUGGAAGCCUGAGCAAGAUCAACUUUGGAAAAGUGUUACCCAGAUCGAAGUGUGGAAAGUUGAAAAAAAGACUGCUGAAGAUUGGGAGAAGAAAUGUGGAUGGAAAAAAUGCACACGUGCGUGCAUAUACUCACGCAAUAGAAAGGAGAAACACACGUAAAUUACAUUUCAUGCUUGAUUGAAUUUUUGUUUGAAUCAGCGACCACCGUUUCGACGUCUGAGAGACUGAUCUGUUCUGUGUAACUUUUUAAACAUUUCCGAAACGUGUACGCAUUCUUAUAUUAUGUUCUUGUAAUCAAUUGCUUUGUACAUAAUACAUAGAUACAUAAUCACCACUUGCAUUCUUUUUUACUCUAAUAUUUCGUAAGUUGUUUUAAUAAAGUUGUAUUCUUGCAUGGA